AUGGGCAAUGAGAAUUCAACAGUCUCAAGGUUAGAUCAUUCUAGUAGCUCCUCCCCCAGUGGUGUGUCCGAUAUCGACGACUCUGUCCAUGGAAAUCAGAAUCCGGAACCCGAUCAAGGUCAAAAUGGCAAACGGGCGAACAAGAAGAAGAGGAGAAGGAGAGCAAAAGAUGGUGGGAUAUCUGAGAUCAACGGGCAUGCCAAUUCGGACAUGAGACGAAACAGCAUAAGCAAAGCUGCACGAGAUCCUAGGGACGAGCCACCAAGCAAGAAAAGAAGAAGAGAAGAGGCGAAGGCGAAGAGCGUCGAAACAAGGUCGCCAAGCCCAGUUAUUGAUUUUGAUGGUCUUAGUAGACCUAGCCGGGGAACACGCGAGAGACUUGAGGAGAGCUCUGAACAAGCCGGCGAGAGACUCGAAAAGAUGCGUGGUGCCAUUCGAACCAUCCUUGAAUGCGUCGGCGAAGAUCCAGACCGAGAAGGGGUGCUAGACACGCCGACACGAUAUGCGAAGGCAAUGUUGUUCUUCACUAAAGGUUAUCAGCAGAAUGUUAGGGACAUCGUAAACAAUGCCAUAUUCCACGAAAACCAUAAUGAGAUGGUUAUUGUAAAAGAUAUUGAAAUCUUCAGUCUUUGCGAACAUCAUCUGGUCCCCUUCACCGGAAAGAUGCACAUCGGAUAUAUUCCAAAUAAGAAUGUCAUUGGCAUAUCUAAGCUUCCGCGUAUCGCAGAAAUGUUCAGCCGCCGACUACAAGUCCAGGAGCGAUUGACAAGAGAGGUCGCCAAUGCCAUCAUGGAAGUCCUCAAGCCUCAGGGCGUGGCAGUGGUCAUGGAGUCGAGCCAUCUCUGUAUGGUUAUGCGAGGGGUUGAGAAAACGACAACCAGUACCAUUACGAGCUGCGUGCUGGGUUGUUUCGAGCGGAAAGAAAAGACAAGAAAUGAAUUUUUGAGCCUGGUUGGGCUUAACAGAACUUACAGGUAA